GGCAGGUGUCACGUCUCUUGGUUUUCAUCUGAGUGCUAAUUUGCGGUCACAGUCUCUUUUGACCUCAACGAUACCAUUCGUUCUCCGACGUGUACACAGUCCCACCCUUCUCCUUGUUUGCUUCACUAUUAUUGUAUUUAUUUUGCAAGGAUGGACGGCGUCGCUCUCUUCGCCCCGCUGCUCCAACUAAAUCCGCCGGUGCUCGUACGAACCAACGGAGACGCCGGCGUGAUUGAUGUGGCUGCACUUCGGCGUGCCGGCGGUGGCAGCACAAGUAACGGCGGCGGCGGUGCCUGCACCAGCACCAGCAGCCGCACUUCCCCUGCGCCGACCCGCAAAGCCUCCACGGCCACCUCGAACAGCCGAUCCACCGCCGUCGCAUCCCUCGCCGCACGCAAGCUGCACGAGGCCAAGUCUACCGCACGCCAAGUCUCCCGCACCGGCGACGUGCCACCACGCGCACACACGACGGAGAUGCCGGGACGGCGAAAAGAGUCGAUGGGCACGCAGCAAAAAGCGGCACACGCCGUAAACGGUGGACCGCGGGCGGCGGACCGCUCGUCUUGCGGAGCCACCGGCUCUGCUCCGCCUUCACCCACCGCCGCUGCGGGACGCGGCGUGGCCGCCCAGCCGCCGCCGACCGCCGGCUUGACUCCCUUCACCAACGAGGAGGAUCCAUCUACGCCGGCAGUCACGGCGGUGGCUGCGGCAGCCGCCUCGCCGGGUGACCAAAACCUACUCUUCAACCUGCCGUACCUCAUGCGACACAUACAAGACACCGGUGCCCUCCUUGACACGUUGUUUCCCCUGCAGCUCCCGCAGAGGUUGGCAAAUGACGGCAGCGGCAGCGGCAACGAGGAGGAAGCAGCGGCGACGGAGAUGGUGUCAGUGCAAACGGUGUCGGCCGCGCCGGCGUCACGCGAAGCCGUGAUAGCGCUGCACGCCACGCUGCGGGCGCGUCUCGAAGCCCGUCGCGCGCGUCCCACCGGCUUGUGCGGGAUUCGUCGCUCCGUCUACGCCGAUCUAUUCUCCGAGUUGGUGCGCCAAGUCACGAUUGAAGAGCCGGCGCGUGGGCUGCUGCUCGCGCGGGUGCGAGAAAACGAGGAGCACGCCCUGCAGGUCCACGCCGCCCUCCUCCGCGAAAGCGAAAACUUUGUCGCCGGCAAGCUGCUUCAGGAGACGCAGAGCGUGACGGCGCUGAUGAAGCGCCUGUCGGAGUUGCGUGAGGAGAAGAAGCAGUUGGAGGUGCGAAAGCACGAUUUGCACGAUGAGCGUCAGAAGCUGGAGCAACUCUUUGAUGAGCAGCGGCAGAUUCGGAAGGUGCAGCAGCAAGACGAACUAAACUACCUGCGCCGCGCGAAUCAGCAGCUGAGUCUCAGACUGAAGAUGGAGACGGAGCGCGCCUCAGUGGGAGACGGUAAUGGAGGCGCUGAAGAGAGCGCUGUUGUGGCGAGCUCAAGCGCCCUCGUCGCCGCUUCGUAG